AUGACGGCAAGCGCGAAUCGGGUGUCUACGUAUACCUCGGCUUCGGCAGGGUCGGACAGCCGCAAUGAGGAGAAGAAGGACCUCUGGAGCUCCAUGCUGGACAACGUCGCCAGCGGCAGACGGUUACCUGAGAAGAAUAUGAUUGUGCUGGGAGGGUCUCCGGAUUCACAAAGGGAGUUUGUAGAGUCGCUAUCCCAUAGCAACGAAAAGCGAACUCUGGACCGCCAUAGCUCUAAGACGCCUCCCAUCGCCAACAGCUUCGCUCUAGGAUACACCUACUACGACGUCCUGGACGCCGACCAAGAAGACAUACUGGCGCGAAUCUCUCUUUACAUGCUGUCGACACCAGCAGAAUCGUUCCCGAAACUUAUCCAACCCCUAAUCGCUCCCGAGUCGAUACCGAACACCCUAAUGGUCAUACUCCUUGAUUGGUCCACGCCGCAUUUGUGGAUGCGUCAACUCAGAGAAUGGAUUCUGUUCAUGCGCAGCAUUCUCGAAAACUCCAGCCACGAGUGCCAAGCGACAAUGGAGGAGGUGAUGGUUAGCUGGCGGGACAGAGGCAGGGGCGGCGGCUCGACGAAUCUGGAUGGCACAGGAGCGGCUGCAAGCGAAGGGGACGUCGUCCUCCCUCUUGGACCCGGUGAAUGGGAAGAAGGUAUUGGUCUGCCACUCUGCGUGGUUUGCCAGAAUGCGGAGAAAAUGGAGGCUUUCGAGAAGACCCAAGGGUGGAAGGAGGGUGAUUUUGACCAGGUGCUGCAGUAUCUCCGGACAGUGCUUCUGAGACAUGGCGCAUCCCUGAUCUAUACUACCCCGAAUGUCCCUUCAUCCAUAGCCAGUUUGGUGCACUCGAGUUUGGGUAUUACAUCUUUGCUGAAACGGCAGCCCCUGAAGCACAAUGUGAUAGACAGGGACAAGAUUCUCGUCCCGCCAAACUGGGACUCCUGGGGCAAGAUUCGCGUGCUGAGGGACGGCUUCGAUGUCGAGACCACCAGCCAGGGCUGGUCGCAUGACCUGCAAUCCACUUUCCCUUCACCCGCCAUGACCACCGAAGGGCUGAAUAUUCUCACGAAGGCGAAGGCCGAUGGCGACUACAACGGCGAGGUAUGGUCCUCCGCGGUGGCGCCAUACGAGGACUGGAUUCGCGACCUCAGCAACGCCGGCAGCGCGAUAUCCUUCGCAGGCCGCGACGGAGACCCUUCGCAACUGGAGAUGUCGUCAACAGACGCGCAGGAGUUCUUGGGCUCCAGCCUUCAAAUUUUGGAAACCCACCGCAGCCGGAACGCUGAGGACAAGAAGUCCGACGCCUCAAAGUCGAGAGCGGGCCAACGUGCUGACGAGUCGGAUUCCAAUGCUUCGCGGCAGGGAACGGACGGCAAGAUUAGCCAGCACAUUGGACCUGUGCAGUUCAACAUGGGAGGCAUCCAGGUUGAUGCCGACGACAUGGUCCAGCGGCUUAAGGACCGUCAGGCAUACAGUGCUGCUGCACAGGAUCCCACCACGCCACCGGGUGACACCGCGGAGGAGAACCCCGAUGAAAUGGACAACGACAAGCUUCAGGCCUUCUUCAGCGGCUUGAUGAACCGCAAACAACCCGCAAAUGGUAGCCCUCGCGGCUGA